AAUGGAUUCAUCAGCUGCGCAAAGGGUUUGUACAAUAUGGUAAAACACUUCUGUGUGUCUUGAGAAAAUCACCCUGAGCCAAGGAGGGAGAGAUUUGGUUUUCUGCAUUGGGCAUUAGAUGAAGAUGUUGUCUUAUCGUGAUAAUAAUCUUUGCUCAUGAAAAGAACCCGUUGUGUAAACACCAAAUAACAGGACAAACGAUAUGACAUUUCUUCUUACAUCAGUCAUUACACUUAUGUCCUAAAAGCACAGUUCAUUGUCAUUUUUUGCCUCUAACAUCUUGUUAUAAUACCCGAUACACUGUCUAAACCAUGGUGGACAACCGUUAUGCCACAGCGCUGGUCAUCGGCUCUGUGCUGAGCCUACUUGCCUGUGUCUAUCUCUCUGUUGCCAUUGGAACACAGAACUGGUACCAGUACCACAGCCAGCCGGCCAGCAAUGAUGCAAAUAACGGUUCAGAUCUGCACAACCUGCGGCAGGACUUUGAGGGAGAGGAUGUGGAUGAGCGGACCUACAGUGUGGCUCUGUUCAGGCUUAACGGCACUCUGGGUCUUUGGUGGCGCUGUCUUCUAGUUCCCCAAGACUCGUACUGGUUUAAAGAGCCUGAUCCAACACUGGUGACUAAAUGUCAGGCCUUUACUUUACAGCAGCAGUGGGAAUCCAAGUAUAAAUCCCCUGGAAAUAUCAACAGUGGAGAUGAUCUGCUCCGCACCUGUCUGUGGAAGUGUCAGUUCCUUUUGCCACUGGUGUCUGUGGGGCUGGUGUUUCUAGGCGCAUUAAUUGGAGUGUGUGCCUGCCUUUGCCGCAGUAUCACACCCACCCUGUUUGUAGGGCUGCUGCAUCUACUGGCUGGCCUGUGUUCUUUGGCUACAGUAUGCUGUUUCCUUGCGGGUGUGCACCUGCUCCAUGAGAUAUCCGAUCUGCCCGAGGGGAUGGACCACUCUCCAGGCUGGUCCCUGUUCCUGGCGCUGGUCUCUUCUCCACUGCAGAUGAUGGCUGCUGCACUCUUCAUAUGGGCUGCCAGGAGCCACCGCCAACACUACACUCGAAUGACAGCCUACAGAGUUGCCUAGGCAACAGAGGACUCACUAUAGUGUUGCUCAAGCAGCUGUCCAGUCUCACACGAACAACACUCACAUGUUUGCUUUAGCAGCUGCUCUACCACUAACAAACAAGCUGUUCUUUUAGAAAGGUUGCAAAGGAAACGGCAUGAACUCACUGCCCACUGUCAGUAGAUUCAAUUAAUGGAAUAGUUCAUUUAAAAGGAAAAUUCUGUCAUCAUUUACUCACCUUCAUGGUUUUCUAAUGCGGAACCCUAAAGGAGAAAUUUGGAAGAAUGCACUGGUCGCUCUUUUCCAUAUAAUUGGAAUAAAUGGAGACUGGAGCUUUCAAGCCUUAAAAUGGAUGCAAAAAGCACCAUACAUUUAUUGUAAAGGUGAUCCAUACAGUCGUAGCUUUUUUUAAUAGUAAUUUUUCACUUGCCGCUUUGUGAAUCGGAUCAAUUGAUUCAUUGAAAAAAGAUUUUUAAAAAACUUGAGUUUUUUCUGUUUACGAAUCGGACAUUACUACAACUCUCACAAAUGCACCACAGAGAGAUAGAUGUCGAGAUUUUCUGUGAAUAACAUCUUAUUUAUUCAUUAUUCCAGUUUGGAAUGACAUGAGGGUGAGUAAAUAAUGACAGAAUUUCCACUUUCGAGUGAACAAUUCCUUUAGCACACUGUCCACUCAAAGCACUCCCCUGUGAAUGCUUGCAUCACAUGAAGGAUUUUCUGUCUAAUCUGCCUUUUUAACCACUCUGUUAAGCUCUGUGCUGUAUAUCCUAUAAACAAAAACAGAAAAACAACGGCUCAUAAACAGGUAAACUGUCGCUCCACAUUCACCAGAGAAAAAAAGAAGCAUACUAUUGUUGUCUGGGCUUUACCCCUUUUUUAUGACAUUUUGAAGUCUCAAACUCAGUGGUUCUCAACUGGUUUUGCAGAUUCAAGUGAUAGAUGAAUUUGCGCAAAAAUACUUUAGUUUGAUUGGAUGCACAGGCUUCGACGUCAGCGAAAAUGUUUAUAAGCCUAUUUAUUUUGCUAUUCAGUUAGUUGCAUUUUAUUAUUUGCACUUAGCAUUGUUUUUUCCCUGCCGUCUGUGACCCUAUCAGUACAGACCUGCAACCCAUUUUUGGGUCAUUACGAGAGCUAGACCGAUAUAUCAGUUUUACUGAUUAAUUGGUGCCGAUAGUUGUUUUUUGUUAACUAUCAGUUAUCUGCAAAAAUCUAUGCCGAUCUUUAUUCUGCAUUUCAAAAUAAGAGUUCCCGGUGUGCUUCAGGCUUGUUUAUACUUAGAUGUCACCUCUUUAUGCACCAAAUCUUUUUUAUCUGGUUAUUAUUGGGAUUUUGGUUGAACAAAAAACUGCAUCUGAGAUUUUAUUCAUUUUGGACUCUUUGCCUUUACCCUCCUUGGUAAAAAAAAAAAAAAAAAGAAUAAGAAAUGUUGGGGCCUGGGUAGCUCAGUGGUAAAAUACGCUGGCUACCACCCCUGGAGUUCGCUAGUUCGAAUCCCAGGGCGUGCUGAGUGACUCCAGCCAGGUCUCCUAAGCAACCAAAUUGGCCCAGUUGCUAGGGAGGGUAGAGUCACAUGGGGUAACCUCCUCGUGGUCGCUGUAAUGUGGUUUGUUCUCGGUGGGGCGCAUGGUGAAUUGAGUGUGGUUGCCGCGGUGGAUGGCGUGAAGCCUCCACACGCGCUAUGUCUCCGUGGCAACGCGCUCAACAAGCCACGUGAUAAGAUGUGCGGGUUGACUGUCUCAGACGCGGAGGCAACUGAGAUUCGUCCUCCGCCACCCGGACUGAGGCAAAUCACUAUGCGACCACGAGGACUUAGAGCGCAUUGGGAAUUGGGCAUUCCAAAUUGGGAGAAAAAGGGGAAAAAUCCCCAAAAAAUAAAAAAAAGUAUAAGAAAUGUUUUUGACAUUCUAUAAAUCGAUUUUAAAAACUAUCGGUUGAUUAAUCAGUUAUCAGCCAUUCCCACCACCUUAGUUAUACUUCCAAUUCGACUCGAAAGCUCAGCAUCUGCGUACACGUGAACGCGUGCCUGUCCAAGUAUACUCCGUUUAACAGUGCAAAUAUCUGCAAAAUCCACUAUCGGUCAACCCACGAGUUGAGAACCACUGUUUUAACCCAGCACUCGCUUUAUAUUUAUGUCAGGUGUAACAUUUUGUUUGUCUUGUGUUUUUAUUCACUUGAUAAUAGAUUGUGUUGUAGCUUCCCAACAAUGACAUUACUUUUUAUGAAGAAAUUAGUAAAUUGUGAAUUAGUGUUUUGCAAUCCCAAGAAUGCAGUAAGGUGUUGCCAGGCCCAAAAGACUGAAGGUUUGUAUCUGACAUAAGCAUUAACCACUUGAGCCUUGGUGUGUUUUCUGAAAUGUUUGUUGUGGUUAUUUAUUUUUUGUUCUUUUGCUUUGCAUUUGUUUAUGGUGUGUUGUUCCCCAUUUUGUUUUUGUUUUUUUCUUUAAGAAUAUACAAUGGCGGCCAAAAGUUUGGAAUAAUGAUCAGAUUUUGCUCUUAUGGAAAGAAAUCGGUACUUUUAUUCACCAAAGUGGCAUUCAACUGAUCACAAUGUAUAGUCAGGACAUUAAUAACGUGAAAAAUUACUAUUACAAUUUGAAAAAAAUGUUCAGAACUUCUUAAACUACUUCAAAGAGUUCUCAUCAAAAAAUCCUCCACGUGCAGCAAUGACAGCUUUGCAGAUCCUUGUUAUUCUAGCUGUCAGUUUGUCCAGAUACUCAGGUGACAUUUCACCCCACACUUCCUGUAGCACUUGCCAUAGAUGUGACUGUCUUGUCGGGCACUUCUCACGCACCUUACAGUCUAGCUGAUCCCAAUAAAAACUCAAUGGGGUUAAGAUCCAUAACACUCUUUUCCAAUUAUCUGUUGUCCAAUGUCUGUGUUUCUUUGCCCACUCUAACCUUUUCUUUUUGUUUUUCUGUUUCAAAAGUGGCUUUUUCUUUGCAAUUCUUCCCAUAAGUCCUGCACCCCUGAGUCUUCUCUUUACUGUUGUACAUGAAACUGGUGUUGAGCGGGUAGAAUUCAAUGAAGCUGUCAGCUGAGGACAUGUGAGGCGUCUAUUUCUCAAACUAGAGACUCUGAUGUACUUAUCCUCUUGUUUAGUUGUACAUCUGGUCUUCCACAUCUCUUUCUGUCCUUGUUAGAGCCAGUUGUUCUUUGUCUUUGAAGACUGUAGUGUACACCUUUGUAUGAAAUCUUAAGUUUUUGGCAAUUUCAAGCAUUGUAUAGCCUUCAUUCCUCAAAACAAUGAUUGACUGAUGAGUUUCUAGAGAAAGAAGGUUUUUUUUUUUUUUUUGCCAUUUUUGACCUAAUAUUGACCUUAAGACAUGUCAGUCUAUUGCGUACUGUGGCAACUCAAAAACAAAGACAAUGUUAAGCUUCAUUUAACGAACCAAAUAGCUUUCAGCUGUGUUUGAUAUAAUGGCAAGUGAUUUUUCUAGUACCAAAUGAUCAAUUUAGCAUGAUUACUCAAGGAUAAGGUGUUGGAGUGAUGGCUGCUGUCUAGAUUUGAUCAAAAAUGACUUUUUUCAAAUAGUGAUGGUGCUGUUUUUUACAUCAGUAAUGUCCUGACUAUACAUUGUGAUCAGUUGAAUGUCAAUUUCCUUCCGAAACAGCAAAAUCUGUACAUUAUUUGGCCGCCAGUGUAUUUCAACAUGUACAUUACAUUUGUUUAGUAACUUUUAGAUUACAGUUUUUAUUUACUUUUUUAUGGUUCAGGUAGCCGUUUAAAGCUGCAGUUUAUAUACUUAUUUCUGCUAUGAUUUUUCCCGCUAUUUUGUCAUCCAAAUGUACCGAUUUUAAAAGAUUUAUUGUCGUACUUCAGUUUUGGAUUGCAUAGUGAGAUGUGUGACAUCGAAAAUACCCCAAGUUCGCUCUGAAGACUGGGUUGUCCAAACUAAUACAAGACACUCCCUUUUUUUUUUUUUCUCAGGCAAAAUGUCGACAAAUAUGGUGCUUGGAGUGAUAUAAAUAACACAAAUAGAGGUCUUGUUUUGGUUUGUGCAUCACCAUUUUAUUUUGAAUUUG